AUGAUGAUCGGAGAGGCGAACCCGAAUUCUUUGGAGAACGGCCAGCAGACAAAGCUCGAUGAACUAAUGAACAUGAUCGAUGCUUUGAGGAAAGAAAAUGCAGAGCUACGAGCUGGAAUGGAGCAUCGAGAGGCUCCUGCAAUUUCGAGGCCGCCUCCUGAAGGAGAGGGAGCUUUACCGUCCGAAGCUGAUCAUCAAGGUGAUCCAGAAGACGUCAAUCAUGGUGGUCAACGUCGUGAUAAAGGUAUAAUCAGUAAUCUACCUCCGAAUGUUGGCCGAGUGGAGGAUCGGGAAGGAUUUGUUCGUCUGGAACCGCAUCACAAACGGAUUAUGAGGGAGGAAGCACCGGCGUAUGAACAUCGGAUUGCGUCACCAUGGCGGAGUGAAUUUGGGGAGGAUAGGUCGUUCGAUCCGCCAUACCGACCUUCAUUAGCGACAGUCGAUUACUAUAGCUCGGAAAGGAGAUCUGCUGAUCGAGGAUUUCCGUCACGGUUCUCAAGAGAAAACGAAGCACUGCGUUCCUCAGCAAGGACGGUCGCAUCGCCAUUCACUGAUGAAAUUCUGAACGCGCCGAAUCCGAAGAAGUUUUCCAUGCCGAUCUUCAUUCUGUUCGACGGAACAACUGAUCCGGUCGAUCACAUAUACCAUAUUCAUUUCCAGGACUUAUGUGAUAAGUUCAUAAGCCAGUAUUACGGGAAUAAGCGUCUGGCUAAGGAUGUAUCGAGCCUUUUUACAAUGAAGCAGCAUGAGGAUAAGCAGCUCCAAGCUUUUCUCACCCGGUUCAACCUCGUUAAAAGCAUGGUAAUAGAGUGUCACCCGUCAACAGUAGUCCAAGCAUUUAAACUCGCAAUGAACCGGGGGACGCCGUUCCAUACCAGCUUGGUGGUUAAUACGCCAAAGACAAUGGACGAGCUGAACGAGAGAGCUGACGGCUUUGUUCGCCUUGAGGAGGAAGAAGCAGCUAAUUCAAGGAAGACGUCAAUUAUUUCGAUAGAGGAGAAGUCCAAAGCCAAGAUCCGGCAAAAACAAGCUCAACCGCAACAUCACCCCUCAUGGAAGGCGGAGAAGAGGCCCAGGGAGGAGGAAUCAGUCACUCCACUCAGAGUCACCUUAGUAAGGCUAUACCAGGAGAACAAAGAUAAGAACCUGAGGAGGCAGGUAGAGAUGCUGAUCGCAAAGGGGGAGUUUGCAAGCUAUGUUCAGGGUCCGGUGCAGGAGCAUAACCGCCCGACUGAGCAAAUCAAGCGGAACCAGAGGCCGAACCAACACAACUCCCAGCCCGACCAGAUUAUAAACGCAAUUCAUGGCCGGCCUGAACAAACAACGGAGUCAGAGGAGUUGCUCAGGACGAGGUUACGCCAGGCCCAGCUAAAAAGAAGAAUUGGUAGUGUGCGCGCUUUGCACCAGCAGAACACGUCCACAUCGAUAAAGUUUGAUAAGACGGACCUACUACGUGUUCAGAUUCCUCAUGAAGAUCCACUAGUCGUCAGUCUGACGAUUGCAGAAUGCCUGGUUCGGAGAGUCCUGAUUGAUCUAGGAAGUAGUGCGAAUGUUAUGCCCAGGGUGAUGUUCGACCGACUGGAGAUCGAACCCGAAAAACUCAAACCCACAGGAAAUCCGUUGCUCGGAUUUGAUGGGAAGCGAGUGGAACCCAUUGGAAUAGUGGAAUUGACAGUACAAGCCGCUGAGCGGGUUUUGACUGAAAGUUUCGUGGUAGUGGAAAUUUAUCCAUCAUACAACCUCUUGAUGGGCAGAGGAUGGAUUCACAGAAUUCAGGGCGUUCCGUCAACCUUACAUCAAGUGAUACGAUGUUUGGGUCCGGAUGGGACCAAGGUGAUAGAUAUACACGGGGACCAGGUUGCGGCUAAAGAAUGUUAUUCAAUAACUUUGAAAUCUGCUGAAAAAGGGAAAAAUCCCAUCCGUUCCGCCAUUCCAAAAUAG